AUGUCCAACUGCGUCAUUUGCGGUGAACGGCCGUCAGCAAAGCAAAAAAUUAACUGUAAGUGCUGUUCUAAGGCUUUCCAUGCAAAUUGCAUCAAUGUCAAAGACGGCCAUAUACCGUCCUACAAUUCUGGGGAAUAUAUAUGGUUAUGUGAUAAUUGUAAUAGUAAAGUGAUCAGCAACAAAAACCAACAAUCGCCAGUGGCUGAUUCGGUGACAAUGUCUGAAAUACGAGAUACUUUGAGAGCCUUACUGGACAAACAAAAUCAUUUCAUUGAAAAACUGGAAAAGCAUAGUACGGAAAUUGAACAACUAAAAAGCAAAGAUAUCGAGCAUGGAGCAGGAAUACGUGAAAAUAGGGAAAACAUAGAAAAACUGGAAUUGCAAAUGAAAUCCGUUCUGGAAGAGAAUAAUAGUUUGAGGCAAAAGUGCAACAAAAUCCAACAGAGUAGCAUGAACAAUUGUUUGGUGGUCACUGGUGUGCCACUGCCAAAAAACGAAAAUGUUUUUCUGACGACCCAAUUAAAAGGUUCGGCGCUGGGGAUGCGGCUAACUGAUUCACACGUUGUCAAUUCGUAUCGUUUCCUGGGAGCUGGUAGGAAAAAUUCCAAUUUGAUUAUUUGCUUCACCAAACAAUCGUACAGAGACGAAUUUUUGAAGUGUCGUAAAAUCAAGCGGGACUUCUCCACAAAGGACUUGGACAAAUCUCUGAGUAAUCUUGUCAGUGAACCUAAUGUUAUAUAUGUCAAUGAGUAUUUGACUGCUUAUAAUAAAAAUUUGUUUUUGAAGGCAAAAGAAUAUAAAAAUGAUAACAAUAUCAAGUAUCUAUGGAUAAAAAAUGGAAGUAUUUAUAUGAGGAAAUUGGAGGGAACUAGGGCAGUUUUGAUUACUUCUGAAAAUGAUUUUCAAAAUAUUCAAUAA